AUGAGAACCGGCUUCUUUGUUUCCUGCAGACUGAACAAGGAGCCCAAAGGGCUGAGGGAAGUGAUUGGGAGGUUGCAAGGGCUGGUAGAACCCCCAACAAAAGAUGUGAGGGGAAGAAGUAUCCGACAGAUUCUUGAAGAGGAAAUAGAAGAGUACAAGAGCUCCACAAAGUUUGCAAAGCAUGACAGCUAUAGAUGCAUCCUGUUCUUGGAGAAUAGAAGCGCUGAGACAUCUCUCUCAUUGUUCUACAAACUCAGGGCCUCAAAGACGAGAUUUGAGUAUGUGUAUAGGGUAGUUCCACUAGAUAACUUCUUCCAGUUUGAUGAAGAAAAGAUCCUGGAGAGUGUUAGGGGGCUCGAUGAAAGCAAGAGUUACAAGAUAGUGUAUGAGGGAAGGUUGUGCCAUGCAGACAUGAAGGAAAGGGUCUUCAAUCUCAUAACGAAAAACAUAUCUUUAAGGGUAGAUCUGGAAUCGCCACACUAUAUCAUUGUAACCCAAGCAUUCAAAAACAGCCUGGGGAUUUCUGUUGUUGAAGGCGAAAAAGAGAACUUUAACUUUUCUGCUAUAUGA